ACGAACUUCACUCUGCCGAUUUGUUUUGGUUGUGUUCUUUCCAUUCCCACAUGGCUGCGUCAAAGUUAAAGAAUGUGGUAUUUCUAAUCGCAAGUGGUUCCAGAAAUCUAGGAGGAACAUGCGCCAGGAAUGUUGUUGAAAGAGGAGGAAAAGUCGUAUUAUGUGACUCUGUGUCUAUGAAAGAUGCUGGAGAAGAAUUGCAACAGAGUCUGGGACAGAAGGACUUUAUGUUUGUGCCUACUGAUUUGUCACAGGAAGAUGAUGUCAGAAAUGCUUUAAAGUUAACAAAAGAAAAGUUUGGAAGGCUUGAUGUGACGAUCAAUUGUCCCUAUUUUGCUAAAUCAUCAAGACUAAUGAUAAAUGUAAAAGACGUUCCUGAAGCAAACACAAAUUUGUCAGGAGAAAUGAUGGAUUUGCUUUUCAAGACUAACGUGACCAGUGUUUUUAAUGUGUGUAGACUAAGUGCUGAGCUAAUGGCCAAAAAUUCUCCAGACUCUAAUGGCCAAAGAGGUGUGAUCAUUAAUAAAUCUCACAGACUAGCAUUCAACAGUAGCCUGGCGCCUUACAGUAUGUCUCAGGCAGCUAUCAUAGGAAUGACCCUCCCUAUGGCAAGGGAUUUCAAGGAUCUGGGGGUCAGGGUCAACAGCAUUGCUACAGGAUUUUAUCGUUAUCAGAUUCCCUUUAUGAAAGGAGCCCAGUUCCAGAAAUUCUUGAGCAUGAUGGCUUUUCCUUAUUCCCUGGGUUCAGAAGAUACAUUCUACCAUCUAUGUGAAAAAAUUGUGACAAAUCCGUAUAUGAAUGGGGAGGUUGUUAAAUUAGACGGUGCAGUUAAUACCAGCUUCUUUUGACACAUCAACAUUUUGUCUACAUACAUGUGGCUGGUCAAUUACUCCAGUACUGUAUCCACCAACAGCUUGAAUGUUUGGGCCAGGAAAGUGCAUAUAUUGACAGCUAGGUGUGCAGUAUCUGUGCAGUACCUUAAUUAAUAAGGAAGUGCGCAAUAAGUGUAAGGGAGUUGAUAUAGCAGCCAGAUAUCAAUGCUAAUUUCAUUGUCUUUAUAGACCUUGUACAUCUUUUAUAUAAAACAAUAAAACCAACAAAACACAUCCUCUGUUUUU